AUGAACUCAGUAUUACGGAAUUGUGUAAGACCCUCAUGUCGCGCUUUUUCAAUAACACCAGCAAAACACUGUGCUGUUCCUCCUAAACGAGCCCCGAAAAAAUAUUUUGGGCCAGUAACAUGGAAAUCAAUGGGAGUAACUGCACUUGUUGCGGGAGGAUUAACUAGUUUCAUGCUUUAUGUUAGAAAAGAAAAACAAGAAGCCUUAGAUCGUGAAAGAAAACGGCAGCUAGGCAAAGCCAAAAUAGGCGGUUCCUUCGAACUGGUCGAUUCCGAGGGUAAAACAGUAAAAAGCACAGACUUAUUAGGGAAAUGGUUAUUGAUAUAUUUUGGAUUUACACACUGUCCUGAUAUUUGCCCAGACGAGUUAGAAAAGCUUGCAGAAGUUGUUGAUAGACAUGAUAAAACGCCAUCAUCUCCACCUCUACAACCCUUGUUCAUUUCUGUUGAUCCUCAGAGGGACACCCCAGAGAUUGUUGGAAAAUAUUGCAAGGAGUUUACACCACGUCUACUUGGUUUAACAGGCACAAAGGACCAAGUACAACAGGCCUGCCGGUCUUACAGAGUCUAUUUCAGUGCAGGACCACAAGAUGAUGAUAAUGAUUAUAUUGUUGACCACACCAUUAUAAUAUACCUAGUAGAUCCUAAUGGUGAAUUUGUUGAUUAUUAUGGCCAAAACAGAAAUGCAAAAGAAAUUCAUGACUCUAUGUUGGUAAAUAUUCAGAAGUAUGAAGCAGCAAAGAAUUCCUGGUUUUGA